AUGAUGGCGGCCGCUGAUGGCGAUUACCUCCGCUUUCUCAUCGAGAACAAGCUCCUCUUUUACCCCCCGUAUGUUCAACAUGAUAAGUCGUCGUGCCGCGGCGGUCUGCGCGUUCCGCGCCAGCAGCACAUCGGCUUGAGCGGAACUGCCGCCGUCGGCGCAUCAUCCCUUCCCCUCAGAAACGAACACGCCGCCGCGGCGAGGGGGGUUGACAUCGCGGCCGCAUCCAGCGGCUCUGCGCGCGGCUCUUCGCACGGGCACACCGAUUCAAUGAACGCGGAACGACUCCGAGCGGCCAUGAUAAGCGGAGCGGCUUCCAGCGGCGGAAUCGCGCCGGAUUCCAGCAGCGCAUUCACCUGGCCGCUGCCCGUUACCGCCCAGCGGCGGUGGGCGGAGGAGCCGCGGAAGAGGCCGCGGGAGUCAGAGCCGGCGGUUCAGCCAUGGCACAAGGGCUACAGAGUGCCUUGCAUGCCGAUGGAGUUAGAGCCAGCGGUUCAGCCUGAGCUGCACAAGAGCUACGGAGUGACUUGCAUGCCAAUGGAGGCGCCUGGUCAUUCUGGGGCGCCUCAAAGAAACUCUUUUAUUCCAGAGCUGCCUCAAAGGGCGUCUCAUGUCUCUCAGCUGCCCGAAAGGGCACCUCUUGUCUCUGAGACGCCCCAAAGAGCAUCCAUUCACACCAUUACUUACAACAGUAGACCGCACAGUCACAGCACCGGCCUCCUUCCUAGACCCCGGCGUUGCUGGACCCAGCAAGGCGAGGCUCAGGCGCAGCUCUCCCGGGAAUCCGCCGCUGCAUUGCUGGACGUGCUGGACGGAAGUAGACUGCACAGCAACAGCACCGGCCUCCUUCCUACACCCUGGCGUUGCUGGACCCAGCAAGGCGAGGCUCAGCCUGAGGCGCAGCUUUCCCGGGGAUCCGCCGCUGCAUUGUUAAAUCUGCAGCGCGCCUGUGCCUUGCGCAGGUGGGAGCGAUCGUGGGUUAGUCAUAGACCCCCCGCCGCCGCCGCUCUGGCGGAGGUAGGAGCCACCCGGAGUGCAGCCACACAGUGUGCUGGUGGUGAUGCUAGUCCCCAGGGUCAGGACCUCCUGGCGGAGGUAGCAGCAGCAGCAGCUGCACAGAGUUGGGACGGACGACUGCUGGCGGAGUUGGGAACCACCCGGAGUGCUGGUGGUGCUAGCCCCCAGGGUCACGAUCUCCUGGCGGAGGUAGCAGCAGCAGCAGCUGCACAGAGUUGGGAUGGGGGACUGCUGGCGGAAACCAUGGGCGUGAGGGAUGGGGCAGGGGAGCGAAGCCGGGGAAGAUCUAUAGGACGAGGGGGGAGUGGGGGACGAGGGGGAUGCAGGGGAAGCGAGGGAAGGGCGGCAAGGGCGGGAAGUUGGCCCAUUUGCUUCAAGAACAACGGGGAAUGUGUCGCUGGUGAGGGGAGGAAUCUAAGAACUGCCUCCGUGUGGCACGACGAGAUUGGCUCGCGUGACUGGCAGGAGCAGCAGCAGCAGCAGCUACAGCAGCAGCUGCUGCAGCGACAGCAGCGGCAGCAGCAAGAGGAGGACAUGCAAGCACAUGCCGCAGAGGGUAUUUCACCACAGCAGAGUCCCUUAACCCUUCAACAGGCAUUCAAAGAAGGCAUUGAACGCCUGCUACACUCCGUCACCCUCCCGCCCCCUCCCUCUCGCCCUGCUGCCAACGUGCUCCCUGUCAGCCUUCUACUAGAAGCUCUAGGCCCACACACAGCCUCAGCCGCUGCUGCUGCUGGCCUUUCAUCUCAAUCCGCUGCUGCUGCCACUCCCGACCCAUGCAACAGCCCGCCCGCCCGCCCCGCUACAGUCACAUAUCUUGAGAGAAACCCAGGAUCAGCCAGAAGCCCAGCGGGUGGGUCAGUGGAUCUUUCCCUUCGCCUGGGGCUGAGCCUAGAGCGAGAAGAGACAGAGAGAGAAGAGAAAGGGGCUGCAGGGGGGAAUGAUGAGGGAAGUGCGGGGGGAGCAGCAGAGCAGAGGGGGGAGCCAUUGGUGUCCAUGCCAGGCCAUCAGUGGUACGCCCCUUAUGGGGGAUGCACCUCGUGUGUAGUCGGGUCUGAUAAGUCUCAACUCUCGUCACAGUUGCCACAGUCAAUGCAGUCAAUGCAGUCCUCACAGCCGACGCUGCCGCCACAGUCGCCACAGUCGCAGUCCUCACAGCUGACUCAGCCGCUACAGUGGCCACAGUCAGCUUUUGCAGCAUCGCGCGACCCCAUGUUUCGUUCCAAGUCUGCUGCCACUGCCACUGCUGCUGCUCCUGACGCUGAUCCUGUGGCUGGCGCUUCUAUGGGAGUGCAUGAGGGGUAUGCACUGGCACGGGACAACAUCUGGGAGUGCGAGACUGCUGGUGCUGGUGCUGCUGGUGGUCCAGAGGGGGACAUCUCCCGUGGGCGGACGAUUUCUUGUUGUGAGAGCAAGGGAGGGAAUGUAUGUGAGGCCAAUGCUCUGCUGUACGAGCGACCUGGACUGCUCUGCUGGAUCGCCAUAUGA